CUAUUUGAGGUUGCGAGUGGAGCUUUAACCGAUGACGGAACCGGAGAUAGGCGAAAACCCAACAAUCCUAAAUCCUAAUAGGCCAUCAGGGGCAGGCAUCUGGCGUGCUCGGAUGCUAUCCAUUGCUACCAACAUUAUCAGAAUUUCUUUGGAAAUCCCAUAGAAAGUCGAAUGUUAGUUCUUUAAAUAUCAUGCCUCGUGAACUCAUGAAUGUUGUUUGAGUCAGGUACUAGUUGAUAUCUUGUAUCUUGCUAAAUUUGUCGGUGGUAAUACUUGCGUGAGAAUACCUAUAUUGGUAGGUAGCUAGAGCAAUGAGCGAGUCUCACACGAGUGCAGAAGCCAAAGAGCGGUCGGCGGUUCUGAGGACGGUCAAACGAAUUAUAGAUUUCAUCUUGAGCAAUUGGUUGGUCGUGGGAUUCGGCCUUGCUUGUCUCCUGGCAUAUUUUUUCCCUCACGUUGCGGCCCGCGGUGGCGUUAUUCGCUCGGAAUAUUCGGUCUUGUAUGGAGGCAUUGCUCUGAUCUUCUUCAUCAAUGGAAUGCAACUUAGCCCGGAGAAGCUUAAAGAACAUGUGAAAAACUGGCGACUACACAUUGUUGUGCAGGGAAUAAACCUUGUCCUCAUACCCGUCAUUCAACUUGCCAUCAUACAUAUAGUGAUAGCCGCUGGUGCUGUGACUUCGGGUACAAUUGAUGCUAGCAUCCUCAUCGGGAUGGUCGUAGUCAGUUGCAUCCCGACUACUUUGGCAUCCAAUGUCGUGAUGACAAGAAAUUCGGGUGGCGAUGAGGCUGCUGCCAUCAUCGAAGUGGUAAUCGGCAACGUAGCUGGGUCUUUUCUCUCUCCAUGGCUGAUAUAUGGAUUCCUUCCCAACGGCGGGGAAUUCGACCGGCUCAGACCAGCAGAAGCAAGUACCCUAGGACCUAUGUAUGCGAACGUUAUGCAGCAGCUAGGUCUCAGCGUACUGCUUCCGCUAAUUGUAGGGCAAGGCCUACGAUGGACUUUUCCGAAGCAGGUCUCUUGGACAUUAAAGACAUUCUACCUAGCACAAUUCUGCUCCGUAUUGAUGAUAUUAGUGGUCUGGACCACUUUCUCAGGUGCAUUCCAAACAGGGGCACUCACCACACUACCUAAGUCAUCGAUAAUAUUCAAUGUGUUUCUGAACCUAGCAGAAUACAUAUUGUUCACAGCUAUUUGCUUCUGGAUAGCAUCGCCACCAAAAAUCUUGUCAAUGCCGAUCAAUGCUUUUGUUGCCGAUUCAAGGUUCGGUUCGUAUCUACCUAAGGCGGUACGGAAUGCGAUAACAAUUAAGAAAAUGCCCAAGGAGCUCGUCGUUGCUGUAUGUUUCUGCGGAGCUGCGAAGACCACGAGCGUAGGGAUUCCUUUAGCUGCUGCUAUGUGGUCUCAAUUGGAUAAUUAUACUAUAUCAUCCAUCCAAGUUCCAGUGCUCUUAUACACAGUCGAACAAGUAUUCGUAGCGCAGUUCUUCACCAUAUUCUUCAAGUGGUGGCUGCAUCGAAACGGUAAAGGGAUAUCCGAUACUGACUCGAUCGCAACUGGGGAGCAGGAGUAUAUGACGAAUGAAGGAAGAGGAAAUACACAUCCUAAGAGUGAGGAGAAUGGAAGCCACGGGGUUCAGGCUGAUCCUGUCGAUAUGAGUGCAGUGCAUGAGAAACCAAGGGCUGCCUAGGCCCUAAGGCGCCCUAAGGCACUCUAAGGCUGCUAGGUCGAUAUCAACUGCACUAAUGGUACCUGAUUAGGUGGGGUAGACGGCUAGUUUGGAGUUAAUUUGGCGGGGCUAACUAUAUCAGCCCACUGCACCUACGGGUAUGACGUGCCUGCCUAUUAAUUCAAGAGCAUGCAUUAGCAUUAACUGGUUCUCAAUAAUCAUCAUGUAA